UCCCUUUCGUGUGUGUGUGUGUGUGGGAAUGCAUACGUGGGUGCGCUCCAGCCCCCAGGUCGUCAGAGGGUGAGGAAGGGUAUCUUCAACCGCCUGAGCCAGGCCAUGGAUGGGAUGAGGAGGGAGGGCCACAAGGUACCUCAGUAUAAUAUACUGGACAAUCAAAACCUAACCCUGCACCUUCCACAUGUCACUCUAAGGACAAUCAAGAACUAACCCCAUCCUUACAUACCCUAUCACAUCCAUAUACAUUAACCAGACAAUACUGUGUGUUCAGCACAACAUCCACAAUAGCUGAAAGUGUUUAGAAGAUUUGUGUGUUGUCAUAUUGUCAGAAGUGAAUCAGGACAUGACUUUCUGUCUCCAGGAUGUGGAUGACUUUUUUCAGACUGAGCGUGAUAACAACUUAACCCUCACAGGGUGCUCCAAAUCAGCAACAGAGGUUAGUGCUCUGUACCAUUCUCUCUCUGUCUCUUGGCCUGUUUUGGUUGUUUGCAGCCCCUCCAAUAUCUACUCUUUUUCCAGAGGUUCAUUGACGUGGUGCUGACAGAACAAAGUAAGACAUUUGCUUUGUUUCUCAUGAUGCUUAGUAUGUGUAAGAGAGUGAGGUUGUGAUUGAGUGUGGUUGCAAAUGUUCUAUUGUGGCUAUAAACUACGUUUUUGAAUUGAGUAUGUGUUUGUGUGGUUUCUGCUGCUGUGCCUUACCAUGUGUUUCCCCAGAACUAGCAGUGGCUUGUGGACACUUCUCAACCUCUCUGCAUCUCUGUGUGGAGCAGGAGGAAGACUCCACUGUCCUGGCCUUCUCAAAGUGAGAGAACCACACCACAGAUAUCAUAGAUACAAUAAACCAGUGGUAUUCAAAGUUGGGUUUGGGGUGGCCAAAAUUAAACAAUAGGAAUAAAAUAAUAUAUAUUAAGAGUACAGAUUAUUGUAUGGGACAAUAUAUAUAUUUUUUUAGAAAGAUAAUUUGAAAAAUACUUUUAUUGAGUAAAUGUAUUUAUUGGUUUCUUUUAAUUUUGAUAAGAGAUUAAAAUGAAAUGAAGGUUAGGCCUAUUUGUUGAUGUAAAAAUAAAAAUGUACAGAUUUGGUUGUGACAUUAGAUUUGGGGUGGGGUCUCCAGAUAUUCUGGCGGACAAAAUUGGGUCCCCGCUUAAAAAGUUUAAAUACCACUGCAAUAAACGAUCUGUCUUCACCAUGUAUAUGGGGCGGUGGUUUGUUUAAAAGGGACUCACCUAUUCCCCUGUUUCUUCCUGCAGGAUAUGUGUCAAGCUGUCUGAGGUCAUAGAUUCAAUCAAGGUAAAAUGUCAUCCUCGCCGUGUGGAAAUAUCAAUUUGACCAAACAACAAAAAUUGCAUGUAAAAAAAGACUGGGUGCAUAUUUCACAUGAUUUACCACACAUAUGCAUUGCUAAUUAUGUUUGUCUCUUUCUCUGUGGGCAGAGAAACUUUGAGAGUGUUGCUGAGAACAACUUGAGCACUAUGGGGCUGGGGCUGGAUCUGGAGUCUCGGUACCAAGAGGCAGAGAAGGUCAGACAUCAUCUUUCAUUACUAGGCCAGGAGUUUUUCCUGUCUACAUGACCUGACUGGGAAAAACUCCUGGCCUUAGUCUUAGCUGCUCAGUUAUUGGUGAACAACAACACUGUUCAGUAUUAGUGUUGUAACUGUUAGUGCUCACAGUUUGUAUUAGGACAUACUGUCAUUUCCAUUAGGACAUGAUGGAAAAACCUCAACCCAUUCAGCUUUCAUAGACAUCACAAACUGCAUAGGAAACUCUUUACACAUAUUAUUGAUAUUAAAGUUGUUUAUUAAGUAUUAUCUUUAUGGAUAAAUAAGUAUGAUCUUUGAGCCCUUUGAGUGUGUUGUGUUGUAGGAGAUGCUGUACAGGAGGACCUGUAAGCUUGUGGAGCUAGAAACAGCCAGCAGGAACGCAGAGAGAGCCAAGCCUGUGAAGAAAGCUGCUGUGAGUGUUGUUCACACAGACAGACACAUCAGGCACUGCUUGUUCCUCAUAAAUCCAGCAGGUGUCAGUAGUGCUCUCUCAUCUAGAGCCAACUGCUUAUAUGGCUUGAGACUGUCAUGACUGCAUAAAGAUGUCCAAGUAAAAAAUAUAGUUGAAUUGGUACUGGUGAACUGCAAUACAAUUAAACAGUGUUUACACUUUUUCCAAUGUGCACUUAUCAGGACUCGAUUGUAUAUUGACUAAUAGUUCUGAAACUGGGUUAUGUUCUGCACUGUGUGAGUGAUGUAUUUUCCUCUCUGAUUCAGAUGGAUGAAUUGAAGGUGGCAGCUGAGAAGGAGUUUGAUCAUGUAUCUGGAGUGGCUAAACAGGAGGUACGUAUAGCCCAGUGGACUGCUGCCUUAACCUUUCACCUCCAAUUCUCACUUCAUUCUGACUCUCUCCCCUUAGCAGCUCUUAUACAACAGAAUGUUGCUUUUUGUCUGCUGAGUCUUGACUGAAAUAAAUGUUCUGUUCUAUUUGAUUCUAAAGUUCAGUGGUGUGUGUGUGUGUGUGUGUGUGUGUGUGUGGUGUGUUCCAGAUAGCAAGGUUCCACAGUGCUCGUGUGGAGUUGUUGCGCCAGGCUCUGAUUCUGUGGUGUGAGAAGCAGCUUGAAACAGCCAGGGACACCUCCACCCGCUACAGCCAGCACUUGCAGGCCUUCAAAGAGCUGGGGGAGUGACCACCACGGGCCAGACACAUCCCCUGCCAUGACCGCCACACACCCCUCUGACCCACCUGAACACAGUUUGACUCUGUCUGAGCACCUCACACUAAAUAUGUCCAUGUAUUGUCUAUGUAUGCGUCAAACCCUGCUUCCAUUAAACGUGUAAAUGUAAGGAAAUCAGCAUAAUCCUUAUAGCAAUAAUAACACAAUAGCUUUAGCUUCUCUCGACCUCUCUUCGGAGUCAGAUGCGAGUAGCUCAGAUUCGCUCGCGCGCUCUUCUCCUCUAUCUCUCUUUCUCUCUCACUCUCUUCUCUCUCUCUCCUCCUCUCUCUCUUCUCAUCUUCUCUCUCUCUCUCACACUAGCUCUCUCACCUCUACUUUCCUCUGAGUAGAGAGAUCUCGUAUCUACCUAUCUAUAGCUCUCUAUCUCUUCUAUCUUCUCUCUCUCUCUCUCUCUUCUCUCUCUCUCUUAUCUCUCUCUCUUCUCUCUCUCUCUCUCUCUCU